UCUUAAUUACACCAUGUCCGACCAUUAGCUCCAAAUAAAAAAAAAUAUUUUCUUUUUUCCGAAAAAAAAAACAGAAGAUAGAAGAGAGAAAGGGAUCGCAAUUUGCAAACAUCUGUAAUAAUUUUUCUUUGUGAUUUCGAGAGGAGAGGACAGCUGCAAUCUUCCUGUCUCUCUCUCUCUCUCUCUCUCUGUCUCUAUCUCGAGUGUAUUGAAUCUUUCUUCUGGAGGAAACAAGAGAUUUGUCCUGUUUCUGGGUUUUUGUCCUGAUUUGAUCCCAUCUCUGACGGCUUUGUCUAUAGAUUCUCCGAUGGUUUUCUGAUACUGGGCUCUUUUCUAAAUUUCUUAAACUCUUUUGUUUUGUUAUUCUCAAUUUCUCCACCUUUUAGUUAUGGCCUGGAAUGAGACCAAACUCAAGAGGCUCUAUCAAGUUUGGAGAGGAAGCAAUAAAUUUCUAUGUGGAGGGAGGUUAAUCUUUGGUCCAGAUGCAUCAUCUCUAUAUCUAUCAACCAUCUUGAUCCUUGGUCCAUCCGUAAUGUUCUUUGUAAAAAUGUACUUGAAAAUGGCUGAUCCUCUCACCAAGAAUCGAAAUCUCUGUGUUCCAAUUCUCUCUGUCGCUUGGAUCCUCACCCUUUUGGACAUAUUUUUCCUCUUCAUGACAUCUGGUCGAGAUCCUGGGAUUGUGCCUAGAAGUCUGAGGCCUCCUGAAUCAGAUGAUGUACCUGACUCAACUACUCCUUCCAUGGAAUGGGUCAGCGGUAGAACCCCAAAUAUAAGGUUACCAAGGGUCAAAGAUGUUACCGUUAAUGGUCAUACUGUAAAAGUCAAGUUCUGUGAUACUUGUUUGCUUUACCGUCCACCUCGAGCUUCUCAUUGUUCCAUCUGCAACAACUGUGUGCAGAGAUUCGAUCAUCACUCCUGGGUUGGCCAGUGCAUUGGUGUGCGAAACUACCGGUUCUUCUUCAUGUUCAUAUCAACAUCAACCACUCUGUGCAUAUAUGUGUUUGUGUUUUCUUGGUUGAACAUAUUCCAAAGACAUAUGGAUGAGAAGAUUAGCAUCUGGAAAGCUAUUUCCAAAGAUGUUCUGUCUGAUAUUCUCAUUGUUUACUGCUUCAUUACCGUUUGGUUUGUUGGUGGGCUCACUAUAUUUCAUUCCUAUCUCAUCUGCACUAACCAGACUACUUAUGAGAAUUUCCGUUACCGAUAUGAUAAGAAGGAGAAUCCAUAUAACAAAGGAGUUUUGGGGAACAUAAGAGAAAUAUUUCUUUCUAAGAUUACUCCAUCCAUGAACAAGUUUAGAUCAUUUGUCAAGGAAGAGGAUUACAUGAUGGUUGAAACUCCUACAUCAAAUCUUGGUGAAAGUCUAGUGAGCUCAAAAGAGAAGAUUGAUAUUGAAAUGGGAGGAGGAGGAAGGAUAGUUGAUGAGGGUGGAAAAACUUACUCACUCCCUGAGAUUCUCAGGAAUCUAAACUAUGAAGACCUCGACGAUGAUUGUGAGGAAGAUGAUUUGAAGGCCAAGGAUCAUCAUCACCACUACCAUCAUCAUCAUCAUCAUCAGAAUGAGGAAAUCACUCCUCCUUUUGACCCAUUUUUCACCAGUGACAAUGUUGUUAACAAGGUUGAGAAAAAUGGACAAGAGUCAAGAGGAUCUUCAAGUGAUGAUGGAGAUUCAGGGAAACACGUUGGAGUCUCCAUUGACGAUGAAGAAAAAGGUGAAGGGUAUGAACAAAAAUGGAGUAUGGAUAGUGUUAUGAACAUAAACGCAGGAUCUGAAGAUGGAGCAAGCUCUCCUCAAUCUACUUCCCCGAUGCUUCGUAAAUAGAGGCUUGAAGCUGGAGAAGUGGAGAUUGUUCUUUGGCAUUCUUUCAACUGUGUUUCAUAUAAUUGUGGAGGAAAAAAAUCCAGAGAAAUAAGAAACAUUGUAGGUUUUGUGCGUUUGAGGUCUAUUAGAUUUUUUUCUUUCAUUUUAGUUGUAUUUAUAUUCACGUAUUUUCGUUAUUAUAAAGCUUUGGACCACGAAUUGUAAUGUAUACAAUUGUAUUUCGGAAUCAUUAUUUUUAUUUAUUUGAUGGUUGGGUUGAUUUUCA